ACAUGGCUCCUUGUUGUUUAGCCCAAAUUAAGCAUUUGAUGCUAUAUAAUUUAUCUCUUACUCAGUAAAUUACACCUCGCGUGUAUGCGAAUUUUCGUUGUAUAACUGAAAUAUGAGAGCAAAUUUCUAAUUUACGGUAAAGAUGGAGAAACCUGCAGAAGGCUCUUCUCAUGCUCAGCGGGUGCUGUCCAUGCUCAACCAGCAGAGAGCUUUUGGCCAGUUCUGUGAUGCCAUACUGAGCACAGCGAGCGGACAGGUGCAUCUGGCUCAUCGCAAUGUCCUGGCCUGCUUCAGCCAAUUGUUCCAGGAACCCACUUCAAAAACAUCAUCUAUAAAGCUCGACCUGCCUUUAGAGUGUCCCGAUGAUGGACUCGAGCUACUGCUGAAUUUCUUCUACACUGGUGAACUCCAGCUAGACGAUAGCAAUCUGCAAAAAAUCCAAAAUGCAGCCAGCGGAUUAUCAGUGCCCGUUUUUCUUAUACCCUGCCAGGGUAUAAAAACUCCUGACCUGAAUGAAGACGAUCCAGCCAAACCACUGUUUUCAGAACCUCACCCUGAUCAGACUCCAAAUAAAAAGACUAGAUCUGGACAGAGGACCAAAAAUAAAGCUGACACAUUUAGGUUGAGUUCAGCAAGCGAUGAUGAGCCUCCUGCAUUGACGUCUACUACUAUCACACGUUCUGGAAGACGUGUAAAAGGGCCCAGUCGACUGGUUGGCGAAAGUCAAAUUUCUGUUGUGACCAGACAAGGAGUGGGAAGGAGAAAAGCAUCAUUUGUAGAAGACAAAGAACAGGAGACUGAAGCCAUUGAGGAUGGAGAUCAUCACAGACAUGAAGAUGCAAGUGAGACUGAGGUGGAUAGAUUUGUUGAUAACCCAAAUGAUGACAAUGAUGAUGUUGAGGAUGCUGCCAAUGAUGAUGAUGACAGUGACAGAGGUGAAAGUAUGGAUAUUACUAUUGAGGGAACUGAUGAAGAGUACAUGCCUCAUGAUUCACCUUGCUCAACCACAAAGACUCAACGGGGAAAACGAAAAGAGAAAAGUAGCAAUAAAAAGAAUGGGGAAGCAACAUCAAAAGACAGCAAGAAAGGGGCCGUCCAGUGUCCAACAUGUCACAAAACUUUCCUCAGCAAGUAUUACCUCAAAGUACACAACAGGAGACACACUGGAGAAAAGCCAUUUAAAUGUGGCAAAUGUGGGAAGUGCUACUUUAGGAAGGAAAACCUACUGGAACACGAAGCCAGAAACUGUCUGACCAGAACAGAACUGGUGUUUUCAUGUUCAAAAUGUACCAUGACCUUUAAAAAGCGGCAAGAGCUGCGUUUUCACACAGUCAUGCACACUGGAGUGAUGCCCAAUAAGUGCACAUCGUGCCCUGAGCAGUUCAUGCAGAAGAGAGACCUCAAGAUCCACAUGAUUAAAGUCCACGGAGCUCCUAAACCACAUGCAUGUCCGCUGUGCCCCAAGUGUUUCCUGUCCCGCACUGAGCUGCGUCUGCAUGAAGCUUCCAAACAUCGCGGAGAGAAGCUGUUUGUGUGUGAGGAGUGCGGCCACCGAGCCUCCAGCCGCAACGGCCUGCAGAUGCACAUCAAAGCCAUUCACAGAAACGAACGUCCUUUUGUAUGUCAGCUCUGCAAUCAUGCUUUUACCCAGAAAGCAAAUCUGAGCAUGCACCUACGAACACAUACAGGAGAGAAACCUUUCCAGUGCCACCUCUGCGGGAAGACAUUUCGUACUCAAGCCAGUCUGGACAAACACCACCGCACACACACAGGAGAGCGGCCGUUCAGCUGUGAGUUCUGUGAGCAACGCUUUACUGAGAAAGGCCCUCUCUUACGCCACAUAGCCAGCAAACAUCAGGAAGGUCGACCACACUUUUGUCAGAUCUGCAACAAAACAUUUAAAGCCAUUGAGCAGCUCCGGGUUCAUGUACGGCGUCACAAGGGCAUGAGGAAAUUUGAGUGCACACUUUGUGGUUACAAGUUCACCAGACAGGCACAUUUGCGGAGACACGCUCAGAUCCACAACCGCAUGGAAAACUACAGUCCCAGACAGAGGAGAUUACGUAACCUGGUUGUGGAGGACGAGAGCGCAGCAGCUGCUUCAUCCGGUCUUCCAGUCCAGACAGAGGCUCAGGCACGACCAGCAGACAUGGUUAAUCUGGUUAUCCAGCAAGAGGGUGCUGGAGGAACAGGAGGAGAGCAGGCCUCGUAUCCAGUCACUGAUGAAGCAGUGAAUGCUGAACAGACUGGCUUUGCUCUGGCUGAACGAGAAGAUGGAGUCGAGCAGACGGAGUUCACUGUAGCAGAUGUGAUGGAGCAGACGCUGCUGGUGCGCGUACAGGAGGCAUAUCCCAUACAUCAGUCCGAUGUGGUGGUGGAGAUUCCCAACACUGCGGCUGAUGGGAAAGACUAAAUUAAGGAGACUCGUUGACUCCAGAAAAAAAAGGAGACAAAAAGACAUCAAGGAAUUUGAAGUCAUUCAAUGUAAAUAAACAGCUUCCAUGCAUGGAAAAACAGGUAAGAGAUAUCUUGUAUGUAAGAAAACACAAUGAAUCUUCCCAUUCUCACAUUCUUCCAAGCACAAACUUUCCCUUUCAUUCCUCUUUAAAAGACAAAACCUAUUUAGAAUCAAAUCUGAGAGGUUUCUGUCCCUCCAUUAAAGGUAUGUUCAUCCAAAGCGAAUGAAUGAAGUCCAAAAAUGAAUCAAUCGGUUUAAUCCAAUUCUGAAAAGACUUGUAUGGAUUUAGUUUAGGCUUUAUUCUCAUAUAAACUUUGAUCGGUGAACAUGUAAAGAACUCAACCAUACUUGCUUAACUAAAACAGGCCUCAUUGGUUAUUUUACAGUUCAAAUGUGCCAUGUGAUGUAAGAGCGAACCUCAUUGCAAGCAUGCCUGAGCUUCCAUGAUUGAUUCUGAUUGCAGUAAAUAUUGCUUUCUGUGAAUCAAAGCCUUCAUUUAAACUGUUCACCAUGUAAAGUGUCUCUUCAGAAUACUUGGUCUUUUUAAUCUCUUCAUAAUGCAUCAAAAUGAGUUUUAAUCAUUUAAAUGAAUUUAAAAAUUAUAUGAAAACAGAUUUGGUUGUGUCAAGUAUAACAUGACACAAGAUCUUUAGUUCUGUAAGUGGGAUCAGUAGUUAACGUGAGGCCAACUUUUCAGGUCAGAUGAUUGUUUGUUUGCUUGUAGUAAUGCAUUAUGCCUCUUCUUUUGUAUUAGCUAACUGAUGACUGGCACUAUAAGCUAGAAGACGUCUGACAGACUUAAUAGCAUAUGACCAAAUUCUUGUAAGAGAAUGUCUUGAUUUAUUCAGCAUCUGGAUUGCAUAAUUUGAAGGUUUUUUGUAAUACAAGUAAGGCUUCAUGUAUACUCCUGCUUAAUGGAAUAAA